ACGAUCUCCAUCAAGAGGAAUUUCUCUAGGUUGCUGAGUCAAAAUUUAAACUAAGUUGGGAAGAAAACAUAGGAGAAAAAGAAACAAUGGAGAAGACAAAAGUGGUAAUUGUGGGAGGUACGGGGUACUUGGGUCAGCAUCUUCUUCAAGCUUUCGCCGGAGACCGUUACGACGUCGCUUUCACUCACCACUCUCCUCUCUACCACCUCUUGCUCGACGCUUUCCCUCAUUUUUCCGCGUUUCCUGUCGAUAUCAAAACCGGUCUUGGCUUCCAUUCCAUUUCCCAGGAAUUUGGUCAGCCCGACGUGGUCGUGAAUUGUGCUGCUCUGUGUAUUCCUCGUGUUUGUGAGCAAGAUCCAGAUUCCGCUAUCUCCAUCAACGUCCCCUUUUCCCUUGUUAACUGGUUAUCAUCUUUUCAGACAAACAAAACCUUGUUGAUUCAUCUCUCUACUGAUCAAGUUUAUCAAGGUAUCAAGUCUUUCUACAAGGAAGAAGACGAGACUCUUGCGGUGAACGUUUACGGGAAAUCAAAAGUUGCAGCAGAGCUUCUCAUCAGAGAUAAAUGUCAAAAUUUCGCUAUAUUGAGGAGUAGUAUCAUCAUUGGUCCUCAAACUGUAUCACCACUCCCUAAGAAUCUCCUAGUUCAGUGGAUUGAUAGCGUCUUACAGAAGGGAGACACGGUGGAUUUCUUCCAUGAUGAGUAUCGUUGUCCCAUUUACGUUAAGGAUCUCGUGAGCAUCAUCUUGAAACUGAUAGACAGAUGGGUUCUCUCAGGUGAUAAACAGAUGCGCCUAAUUUUGAAUGCUGGUGGACCGAACAGACUCUCUCGUGUUCAAAUGGCGGAAGUGGUUGCACAAGUCAGAGGACACGAUCUUUCCUUGAUUAAACAUGUUUCUGCAUCAUCGGUUGAUUUAGGAGUGGUGUCACCAGCAGAUAUAUCAAUGGACAUAAGUAAACUGAUUCAGACACUUGAGAUCUCCCCAACUUCUUUCAAAGACGGUGUUAGAUUAACUCUUCAGUCUGAAUCUCAUCCCCACAUUCUCUCUUAAUAUUGUUCCCUUCUAUGCAUUAAAACCAGUUCUGGUUUUAAUUCGGGUCAGAUUUUAUUUCUUGCAACUAUGUUCUGGUUCCAUCUCUUUCGGUCAAAAAUAUAUUUUGUGUGUUAAGACAUUUUAACAUAUAGUUUUCUGGCUAUAACAUAUAUAUGUAUCAUCAAGUCAAGUAAGGUUUUGUUGGGAAUGUACUUAAAUCAUUUGUACUCUU